AUGACCCUCCACGUCAUGACUCUCCUCCAGUUCCUCCGCCUCUCACGCCAGGUGCAUCUCGCAUUCCUUGCGGGAAAGCUCACCGAGUCUCCUAUUUACGUGCUGGGCAAUCCCUCCGCCGACCUCGACUCGAUCAUCUCCGCGAUCGUGUACUCUUACUGCGCCAGCAAUCGUCUCCCAGCCACCAAGCCGCGCCCUCAUGUACCUCUUCUCAACCUCCCGAAUGUUUCUGCCGGCCCAGAGCUGUAUCGCCUGCGACCGGAGUUCGUUACUGCGUUAUGGCUGUCGACCAACUUCCCCGCUUUGAAACCCGACGAGCGCUUCGAAAACGCGUCCGAAUCUGCUGGGAAGCUGCUGCGCGAGCACAUAUUGACAGUGGCAGACUUUGCACAAAGUUUGAGGGAAUCGUCGCAAGCGAAUAAACUCGUCGCAGAUGUGACCAUGGUCGACUGGAACGCGAUGCCAAUUCGUGACCAGCAGAAAGGAACUGGGUCGGUGAGCGGACUGGGACAGGUCUCCUUCCGCACGGUGGGAUGUAUCGAUCAUCAUGUCGAUGAGGGGUUCGUUCCUUCCCCCGAGUCUCUCCCGAAGGGCCAGCCGGUUGUUAUACAAGUCGGUCCUGGAUCUUGCUCCUCCUUGAUCACAGAUGAGCUGGAGAAGCGCGGUCUUUGGAAUUCUUGCCAGGAAGCGUCAUCCGAAGCAGAGAUUGCGCAGGUCGCCAAGCUCACUUUGGCACCCAUGCUCAUUGACACGACAAACUUAACUGCUGAGGGCAAGGUCACAGAUGUUGAUGUGCGAUCUGUUGAUUUCCUUCGUCAAAAGGUUACCCCUGUAGAUGCCGCUUGGGAUAUGGAGGCUUUCUAUGAGGUGAUUUCUGAUGCCAAGAAGAACAGUUUGGAUCUUUUGACCUUGCAAGAGGUUUUGGACCGAGAUUAUAAAGAAUGGGCUGAGAAAACACAGUCAUCGGAACGGAGCCUCAACAUCGGCUUUUGCUCGUCGGUCAAGCCAAUCCGCUGGGUCAUUGAGAAAGCUGGUGGAUGUGAAGAGUUUCUCCAGGGAGUACGCACCUUUGGCACUUCCGAAGGGAAAUGGUUGGAUAUUGUUGUUGUCAUGACACAUUUUACUUCUCCAAAUAACCAACACUCCCGUGAACUAUUCGUCUGCGUGACUGGACAGAACGGCCUGUCUGUUAAGGGAGUUAAUGCUUUUGUUGAUCAAUCUGGCGCCCAACUUAAGCUUAGCAAAUGGACACCACUGGACGGAGAGUGCGUCGAACUGAACGACGAAGAAAUUCGAUCCACUUUAGAUGGAGACACCGGUCUCUGGAGUCGAAUUUGGGUGCAGGCAAACUCGACUGCGAGCAGGAAACAGGUGGCUCCGAUGCUCCGCGAGGCUGUGGCCAAGCUAUAG